AUGUUUCCAAGGCUUAAAGGUAAGUUCUACAGAGUGGUAGUUAGACCAACACUUUUGCAUAGGGCAGAGUGUUGGCCAGUCAGGAAUGCCCAUGUUCAGAAGAUGAAUAUGAAGGAGAUGAGGAUGCUUAGAUGGAUGUGUGGGCAUACUAGGAGGGAUAGGAUUAAGAAUAAAGUUAUACGGGAUAAGGUGGGGGUUGCCUCGGUGGCGAACAAGAUGAGGGAAACGAGGCUGAGAUGGUUCGGCUAUGUGAAGAGGAGGUGCGAGGAUGCACCAAUGAGCAAGUGUGAGAGGUUGGAAAUAGCAGGAGUUAGGAGGGGUAGAGGUAGGUCGAAGAAGAAUUGGAGGGAGGUGAUUAGACAAGACAUGAUAGAGCUCCAAGUGACUGAGGACAUGACCUUGGAUAGAAGGGCGUGGAGGUCGAGGAUUAGGGUAGAUAGUUAG